AUGUGCGCUUUCAAAUUUCAAAUAUAUCUUUUGUUUGAAGUGUACAUCAAUCUAGUAAUAUUUCAACUGGAUAUGCUGUAUAUGAAUUGCGUUUGUACAUUAAAAGCGUGUUUUAAAGAAAUCAUCAAUAACAAUCUGACAAACAUGCGAGAACUCAUAGCCACAAACAAUGGGCCAUAUGUUUCUAGACUGAUCUCUUACGAGCAGAGAACUCCAAUUCUGAUCAUGGAGCUUAAAACUCUAAAGAGACAACAUCUGACGAUCAGUGAUACGGUACGGAUGCUCAAUAUGAUCUUCAGCUUCCAGCUUCUUGCUACGAUAGUCAUAACCAUCUCCAAUAUCAUUGCGGGUUUAUAUUGCUAUAUAAACGUACGGCAGCAAUCUUUACCAACAAUUUCACUGAAAGAAUUAUCUCACGUAUAUAUUCUGUCAUUUAUCGCAUACUACUGUAUAAAAAUAGUAUUAAUUGUAUGGGCUUGCGAAACGGGAAAAAAUCAAGCUCAACAAAUCAGCACUUCUAUUUAUGAUGCGUUUAACAACACCACGAAUGAACAAAUCAAAGAUGAGUUACAACUGUUUUCUUUGCAAAUACCUCAUUGCAAUAAUACAUUUUCCGCGAAAGGUCUCACUGUGGAUGCGAAGCUUCUUACUGGGAUAAUAGGUAGCAUUGUCACAUAUUUAGUAAUAUUGGUUCAAUUCAUAUGGGAUUCUUGCAAAGAAAAGACGGCAAGCAAUAUUGCAUAA